AUGUCUUUUCUCACAACAACCCACCAAACCCUCACUGUCACCCCUAUCCCUCCUCAUAUUCCCAAGGCCCAGGUGCUUGCCCUACUACACAACCAUUCGAAAAUGAUAAGCUUGAACCCCCUAGUAACAUCCCACACUCUCCUCCCACCCACGCAUAUCCUUGCCGUCGAUUUCUUCAAAACCGAGCCCCCAUCCCUCCAACCAAGCACUUCGUGUCCCUGUGAGAUUUGGGAAGUAACAGAUGAUAUGUCCGCUGCGGAAGGUGACAAUGGAGGAGGAUGGCGCGGUGGUUGGGCAAAACGAUUUGUCCCCGACCAAAUCACAUAUACAUCGAGUCUCCAAGAUCGCGAAGACGGAUUACUUAGUGUUACGCAUGCGCCAAUGGGGGUACAUAGUGUGACGACGUGGAUUGUGAGGGAAGCGGGGCCCGGGGAAAGUUCGUUAACGCUUGGGGAGGGGAGAUUGGUGCUCGAGGAGAGGGGAGUUGUGAGGGCGAGUAGAAUGUUGAUGGGAUUUAUAAAGACGACCUUGCAGGAGAGUGACGAGAAGUUGGUAAAGGACUUCAUGAGGGUUUUGAAGGAGAAUGGUGCGGAUGGAGAAGAGGUGGAAAAUGGGGCGAAGGGAGAAUUGUAG